UUGAGCUGAGAGCUCUGCGUCCGCGAACCGGCAGCACCUGGAGCCUCUGGCCGACACCCGAGCCCGUCCUCAGGAAGCCCGUUACUACUGCCCCUCGGACUCCGUCUCUCCAGCGCAGUGUGACUCUCCCCAAGCCCACUCGGUCCUCGCUUUGGAGCCAAAACCAGCUUCUCUCCUUGCGCGAGGUUUUCCGACAGGUAGCUCCCUAAUCCUUGCUGAGCGGCUACUACUACGCGGGGAAAACAAAGACCCGAGAUUCUGGACGUGAUUUUUACCUGGGGUGGGCUUUGGGAGUUGUGCAGCCCGAGGGGGCGGGGCGGACGCAGAAGGCUUCGGGAAGGACUGCGGAGAUACUGGGGGAGAUCAGCUGCGACCAGCUGGACAGAGGCUUUUUGUUGCCUUCAAGCAGGAUGGUGACUUGUCUUUAGAUCCUCUCGAGCUCGAACUCUCCUAUAUGGUUCGGACUCACUGUGCAACAUUGGCCAGGGAAGUUAAAUGGGAUCGGAUUUGGAGGAGGUGGGAGAGGGGCAGACAGUACUUUUUUUUUUCUUUUUUUUUUUGAGACGGAGUCUCGCUCUGUCGCCCAGGCUGGAGUGCAGUGGCGCUUUCUCGGCUCACUGCAAGCUCCGCCUCCCGGGUUCACGCCAUUCUCCUGCCUCAGCCUCCCAAGUAGCUGGGACUACAGGCGCCCGCCACCACGCCCGGCUAAUUUUUUGUAUUUUUAGUAGAGACGAGGUUUCACCGUGUUAGCCAGGAUGGUCUCGAUCUCCUGACCUCGUGAUCCGCCCGCCUCAGCCUCCCAAAGUGCUGGGACUACAGGCGUGAACCACCGCGCCCGGCCUGACAGUACUUUUAUUCCCUGCUGCUUCCUGGGGCUGCCCUGGAAGUCAACCAGAAAAGCAGCUUUUGCAAAGUCUAUUUACUGAAGAUUGUGCUACCUCAGAAGGCCACUCGGAGCACAUGGGAAGGCAGGCCAGCUCUGGCAAGACUUUAGACAUAUGAAUGUAUUCCUUCUGAUAGUGCCAUCUUUCUCUGCCCUAGGAAGAAACUCCUCUUAGAGUCAUCUGCAGGGGAUUCUCCAAGGACAUGGGAAGAUAGAUGUAAGCCCUGGAACCCAGACUCUUAAGCGAAGGGAAGCUGCUUUCUGCUGUUAAUGAUGGCCAAAUCCGCUCUGAGAGAGAAUGGCACUAACUCUGAGACCUUCCGACAGCGUUUCAGGAGAUUCCAUUACCAGGAGGUGGCUGGGCCGCGGGAGGCUUUCAGCCAACUCUGGGAACUUUGCUGUCGGUGGCUAAGGCCGGAGGUGCGCACCAAGGAGCAGAUUGUAGAACUGUUGGUGCUAGAGCAGUUCCUGACCGUCUUACCUGGGGAGAUCCAGAAUUGGGUACAGGAACAAUGUCCAGAAAAUGGAGAGGAGGCAGUGACUCUCGUGGAAGAUUUAGAAAGAGAGCCUGGAAGACCUGGAUCUUCGGUCACAGUCUCUGUGAAGGGGCAGAAAGUGCGCUUGGAGAAGAUGACACCCCCGAAAUCAUCACAAGAGUUAUUAAGUGUUCGGCAGGAGUCAGUGGAACCCCAGCCCAGGGGUGUACCCAAGAAAGAGAGGGCAAGAAGCCCAGACCUGAGACCACAGGAGCAGAUGAACCCAAAGGAGAAGCUCAAACCUUUUCAAAGGAGCGGUUGGAGCAAGGAGAGCCAUGGAUCCCAGAUCUGCUGGGCUCCAAGGAGAAAGAACUUCCAAGUGGCAGCCACACAGGAGACAGACGAGUGCAUGCUGAUCUGUUACCAUCCAAGAAAGACAGAAGAAGCUGGGUGGAACAGGAUCACUGGAGCUUUGAAGAUGAGAAGGUGGCAGGUGUGCACUGGGGCUAUGAAGAGACCAGAACGCUCCUCGCAAUUCUCAGCCAGACUGAGUUUUUUGAAGCUCUCAGAAACUGUCAUAGGAACAGCCAAGUGUAUGGGGCUGUGGCUGAGCGGCUCAGGGAAUAUGGCUUCCUCCGGACCCUGGAACAGUGUCGGACCAAGUUCAAAGGUCUCCAGAAGAGCUAUCGGAAAGUCAAGAGCGGCCACCCGCCUGAGACCUGCCCCUUCUUUGAAGAGAUGGAAGCCCUGAUGAGUGCUCAGGUCAUUGCCCUGCCCAAUAAUGGCCUGGAAGCAGCAGCCUCUCACUCUGGCCUGGUAGGUAGCGAUGCUGAGACUGAGGAGCCAGGGCAGAGGGGCUGGCAGCAUGAGGAGGGAGCAGAAGAGGCUGUGGCUCAGGAGUCUGACAGUGAUGACAUGGAUCUAGAGACGACCCCCCAGGACCCCAACUCAACUGCACCUGUUCUGUUCAGAAGCCCAGGUGGUGUACACUGGGGCUAUGAAGAGACCAAGACUUACCUUGCAAUUCUUAGUGAGACCCAGUUUUAUGAAGCCCUCCGGAACUGUCACCGCAACAGCCAGCUGUAUGGAGCAGUGGCUGAGAGGUUAUGGGAAUAUGGCUUUCUUAGGACCCCGGAGCAGUGUCGGACCAAGUUUAAAAGCCUGCAAACCAGCUAUCGGAAAGUUAAGAAUGGCCAGGCACCAGAGACCUGUCCCUUCUUUGAAGAGAUGGAUGCUUUGGUGAGUGUCCGGGUUGCUGCCCCACCCAAUGAUGGCCAGGAAGAGACUGCUUCUUGCCCCAUCCAGGGGACCAGUGAGGCUGAAGCUCAGAAGCAAGCCGAAGAGGCAGACGAGGCCACAGAGGAAGAUUCUGAUGAUGAUGAAGAGGAUACUGAGAUACCCCCAGGGGCUGUCAUAACCCGUGCUCCAGUGUUAUUCCAAAGCCCCCGUGGUUUUGAAGCUGGAUUUGAGAAUGAAGAUAAUUCAAAACGGGAUAUUUCUGAGGAAGUACAACUGCAUAGGACAUUACUUGCAAGAUCUGAAAGGAAAAUUCCCCGGUAUCCUCAUCAGGGUAAAGGCAAUGAGAGUGACUGUAGAUCAGGAAGACAGUGGGCAAAGACCUCAGGGGAGAAAAGAGGAAAACUGACACUCCCAGAGAAGAGCUUAAGUGAAGUCCUAAGGCAACAGAGACCUUGCUUGGGAGACAGACCCUGUAAAUAUCUCAAAUACAGCAAAAGCUUUGGUCCAAAUUCCCUUCUCAUGCAUCAGGUAUCCCACCAGGUGGAAAAUCCAUAUAAAUGUGCUGAUUGUGGGAAAAGCUUCAGUCGGAGUGCAAGACUCAUUAGACACCGGAGAAUCCACACUGGAGAGAAACCUUAUAAAUGUCUUGACUGUGGAAAAAGUUUCCGUGACAGUUCAAAUUUCAUCACCCAUAGGAGAAUCCACACAGGAGAGAAACCUUAUCAAUGUGUUGAGUGUGGGAAAUGCUUCAAUCAGAGCUCAAGCCUUAUCAUUCACCAGAGAACCCACACAGGAGAAAAGCCCUAUCAAUGUGAAGAGUGUGGAAAAAGCUUCAAUAACAGUUCUCAUUUUAGUGCACAUCGGAGGAUACACACAGGAGAGAGACCCCAUGUGUGUCCUGACUGUGGAAAGAGUUUCAGUAAGAGUUCUGACUUACGUGCACAUCAUAGAACCCACACAGGAGAGAAACCCUAUGGGUGUCAUGACUGUGGCAAGUGCUUCAGUAAAAGCUCUGCCCUUAAUAAGCACCGAGAAAUCCAUGCACGGGAAAAGCUUCUGUCACAGUCAGCUCCUAAGUAAGCCCCUGAGGAUAUAUAAAGGAAAGAGGCUCAAUAAAUGUAUUGUUUAGAAAGUCUUCCAAUAGUGAGAUCCAUCUCCUAUUGUGUCCAGUUAGCUUAGGAAAUUCACUUUAGGAUUUAUGCCACUGUUUGUUCCUUGUUUUUCCUGAUCUAGAGUCAAAUCCCCAAGGCAGUCUAAAGAAUGGAAGAUUUCAGUCCCUCUCCUUGCCUGCAUCUGAAUUGAUGGAUAACAUCUUUUCCCUCUCAGUGCCUAUGGUGUUCCCUUAAUAUAAGCAGAGAGGACAUGGUAAUAGAUCCUAUGAAUUUGAUAAGCAUCCUUCUUUACUCAUUCUGUCAUUCAGCUGCAUUUUGACAGGAAAAACCCAUUACAUUUCAAGAAGAAGUUAUGAGACUGACUAUUAGGUGGGUCUAGCUCUUUUUUUUUUUUUUUUUGGAGACGGAGUUUCGCUCUUGUUGCCCAGGCUGGAGUGCAAUGGUGCGAUCUCAGCUCACUGCAACCUCCGCCUCCUGGGUUCAAGUGAUUCUCCUGCCUCAGCCUCCCAAGUGGCUGGAAUUACAAGCAUGCACCACCAUGCCUGGCUAAUUUUGUAUUUUUAGUAGAGACGGGGUUUCUCCAUGUUGGGCAGGCUGGUCUCAAACUCCCAACCUCAGGUGAUCUGCCUGCCUUGGCCUCCCAAAGUGCUGGGAUUACAGGCAUGAGCCACUGCGCCGGUUUUUUCGAGAUGGAGUCUCACUCUGUUGCCCAGGCUGGAGUGCAGUGGCAUGAUCUCAGCUCACUGCAACCUCUGCCUUGUGGGUUCAAACAAUUCUCCUGCCUCAGCCUCCUGAGUAGCUGGGAUCACAGCCGCCUGCCACCACACCCAGCUAAUUUUUGUAUUUUUAGUAGAGAUGGGGUUUCACCAUGUUGGCCAGGCUGGUUUUGAACUGACCUCGUGAUCCACGUGCCUAGGUCUCCCAAAGUGCUGGGAUUUCAGGCAUGAGCCACUGCACCCGGCCCAGCUCUUCUUUAUACAAUAAUGUUAAUGCUAAAAUGAAUGACUCUUCCUGCUCACUUAAACCUGUGCUCAAAAUGACAUGUUUGUCAGGCACCCUCUUCAUUUACCUUAAAAAAGGAGAGUUUAAUGUCCAUCUUGGUUCUGCCCUAUGAAUCAUCUUGUCAAGAACAGGUGUUCUUAUGCAGAAACAAUGAAAACCUUAUACUGAAGUGUGAACCCUGGAUUUCUUAGUUUCUUCUGAGUCCUAGAAGGGUUGGAAUAGAAUAAUACACUUACAGGAUUUAGGUUGGUUUUCUUUCUGUCCAGUCUCAUCUGAAUUUCAUCUGUCCCUUGUGGUCCAGAAGUUCCACAGAGCAAGGCAGCUGCAUGUGGUGACAGGUAGAGCAGUUAAAGCUGCCAAUAGGGACUCGUCCAUAUUCCACACACCUAGUAUAGUGUUAUGCCCUCCACGGGCACUUACCUGCAAUAAGCAGAAGCCACUGCCACAUUCCCACGUAUUGGGAAAAUGGACUACUGUGUGUGAACAGGUCCUUUACCCUAAUGGCAGGGAAGAUGGAUUAUCUUUGGCCAGUGGUGCUGCCAAUCUAGACAUACACAUUCAGCUGAAUACAAUUAAAAGCAGUUCUUUAAAUGCAAAUAUAAUUACUCAUCUUUAUAAUACGGUAGUAUUAACUGCCCAUAUGCUCACAGUAUGAUGAGCCCUGUAUAGCACAAGGUCAACAGGUCCUCUCCUUGUCCUUACAAUCUAAAGCAGAUGACACUGACAUGGACAAACCAGUGCACGUGCAUAGUUGCGGCAGUUUUAGAGAAAUCUAGAAAGCUAGGUAGCAACACUGUGCAUAAAUGUUGUGGUCCAAUGCAUUAGUUUGCUGUAACAAAAAUCUGGGAGGUAUUUUCUUCUCUUUAUUCAGGAAGGCUUCAUGAAGCAGGAAGUGUUCAAAGGAGGGAAGGUUACUGGUUAAAUUAUGAUGAUAGGAAGAACUUUCCAUAACUAGUUGCAAAAUUGAGUGCUGUGUGGGUUGAGGAAUGGGAAAAUGGGGGAGCAAGGUGUUUUGUGUAGAUGGAACAAAGGGCAAAGGAUAGACUGUAAGGAAGGCCAGAUAAAGCUUGGAGUAGCAUGAGAACUUGAGGAAUAGUAUGAUAUGGGCUGUGCAGCAGGCAGAGAAUCACCUUAGCUGAAACAUGGGUGUUAGGAGCAGACCAUGAGGUGGUAGAACCAUCAUCUGUAGUAAAUCAGGUACUAUGCUAUAACUAUUGAUAAGGAAACAGCUGACUGGCACUGAAAGAAUAAGCAGUUUUAGGGGACUAGCUCCUAUGGGAGACAAAGGUCAGAAAUCGUAGUAUCUGAUGAAGAUAUUUUGAUGAGCAGGUGAGAAGAAAGAUAAACAUGGCCAGAUGGCCAAGGACUGGGAUAAGUAGCCGUUUCACAUUCAAUUAUAAUUCUGUGGCUGGAAUAAGAUCAGGGAGAGCAGUAGGAAGACACAGUAUUCUAUAAUUCAUAGCUUGCUGUGUUAGAGAUUAAUUAGGAUUCUGCUGUUGAAUCUUAGUACAAAAAAAAUCUAAUAUUUAUUAGGAAUUAAGGGAAGAUGGUACUUAUGUUGCCUAAGCAGACAGGAAGCUAUAAGAAACACUAGUCUGAAGCAGUGCCUCAGGAUCUGAGAUGAUUUAGGAAGUGUGCUGUAAUGUCAAAAAAAAAUUGUCUUUAGUAUAUCUAUGUACAGUCUCGUGGGAAAAGCAUUGGUUGGGCUAUCAACAGAUAUUCUGGUUCCAGAUGUCUUGUAAGUUAACCUGCUUCCAUUUCCCUUUCUGUAAAGCAAAAUAAUGUUUACACCUAAUCUGUCUCUCAGGGAUACCAUAUUAAUAAAAAUUAUGUCUAUAAA